AGGGUACCCGCCUUUAUUUGCCGUUUGUUAUCGCCAAGUCCCGCGGUGAGUCCCCGCGGGAAGAACCCGCAGUGUGGGGUCCGCGUGUAUAAAGGCGUGCUGUCGCAGCCAUCGGCAACGCACGUCGUCUGCACCGUCUGCCUUGGCCACCGGCGAAAAACUCUCAGUCUAGCAGGUCAGUCACCUCCGCCGCCGCUCCUCGCCACCUCUUUACAUCUUUUCCUCGCACAGAUGAACCUGUUACCGGCCACCGUGAUGCUGCUUGCGCUCGCCGUGCUGCCCGCGCCGCUGUCUGCCACAGCGUGCGUCGACACGCUGCCCAUCUUCGGGGACGCCCAGCCCAGCACAAAGCCGUCGCCCUACACCAUAACUGUGACGCCGACCACCGUCAACGCGGGAGGCACCGUUAAAGUGCGCAUAUCUGGCAGCGAGAACUUCCACAGCGUGUACCUGCAGGCAGGGAACGGGGAGCAGCCGGUGGGGGAGUUCCUGGCCCCCAGCGGACAAGGCUGCAGGGCCGGCGUCUUUGGCUGCCCGUCCGGACAGAAAAACGCCUUCUCGUACAACUCACGCAGGGGAACUAAAGAGGCAGAAGUUGAGUGGAAGGCACCACAAAUCAACGCCCAGGUCGCCUUCAGGGCUACGAUCGUGAAGUCUUUCACCGAGUUCUGGGUCGGCGUCGAGUCAGCUCCAAUCACCGUCCGUACCGUCAGCAGAAACUAAUAACGCCGUUGCUGUACGAAGACAGAGUAACCGAUUACGAGGAAGAGUAUUAAUAUCACAAACAUCACAUACUACUGGCAUCAUCGCUUUACAUGCUUCUUGAAGUCAGCUAACAGAGCAGCCGGUCAUACUGACAUAGGAGACACUUUCUGUCUCCCACACAGUAAUCUCAACCGUCGGGAAACGACGCUUCCUGAUUAUCUUUCCGCAGCCAAGAAAUGGCUAAUUGCAAGUCGAGGUUUAAGAAUGUCUGCAUCUGCCUAACAUUCACUCAUCAAAAAUCUGUACUUAAGGCUUUGAAAAUAAAAUAUAGUCUCUACUAAA